CAACCACCCAAAUUUACAGGGCCCCUAAUUAUUAAUUUGCCCAUAGGCCCUAAAAACUCAGAAACGGCCCUGACUGCACUCUCCUUCUCUCUCCUCCAUUGAAGUCUACUUGUGAGCUUUCUCUCCUCCAUUGACGCUGCUUCUGAGUUUAAGUUUUAGAUAAUGAGCAGCAUUGAACAUAGGGAGGUUAGCAAUACUAGAGGAAAACGGCUUGGCCGAGACGAAGACGAGGAUGAUGAAGAUGAGGAUAAUGAUAUGUCUGCUUGGGAGAGAGCCUAUACUGAUGAGAGAUCAUGGGAGUCUUUGCAAGAAGAUGAGUCUGGGCUACUUCGUCCGAUUGAUAAUAAGUCGAUGUACCACGCCCAGUAUCGUAGACGUAUUCGUUCCAUCUCGUCUACCUCAACCUCUGCUCGAAUUCAGAAAGGUCUUAUUCGAUAUAUCUAUGUUGUCAUGGAUUUCUCCAGGGCAGCUGCAGAGAUGGAUUUCAAGCCAAGCAGAAUGGCCGUUGUUGCCAAACAUGUGGAGGCUUUCGUAAGAGAGUUUUUUGACCAGAAUCCACUUAGUCAAAUUGGUCUUGUGGGGAUUAAAGAUGGCAUUGCUCAUUGCUUAACGGAUAUGGGUGGUAGCCCGGAGUCUCAUAUUAUGGCUUUGAUGAAGAAGUUGGAGUGUUCAGGGGAUGCGUCUUUACAGAACGCCCUAGAACUUGUUCAUGAAUGCUUAAAUCAAAUUCCAUCAUAUGGUCAUCGCGAAGUCCUUAUUUUGUAUUCGGCUCUUAGUACCUGUGAUCCAGGUGACAUAAUGGAGACUAUUCAGAAAUGCAAAAAGUCGAAGAUUAGGUGUUCAAUAGUAGGUCUUUCUGCAGAGAUGUUUAUUUGCAAACAUAUAUGCCAGGAAACAGGUGGAUCAUAUGCUAUUGCUUUGGAUGAGUUCCAUCUGAAAGAGUUGUUGCUGGAGCAUGCACCACCACCUCCAGCCAUUGCUGAAUAUGCAACUGCUAACUUGAUCAAGAUGGGAUUUCCACAAAGAGCGGCGGAAGGUGUGGUCUCAAUAUGUGUGUGUCAUAAAGAGGCUAAGGUUGGUGCUGGAUACACCUGUCCUAGAUGCAAGGCUCGUGUUUGUGAGCUGCCCACAGAAUGUCGCAUAUGUGGGCUAACACUUGUUUCUUCUCCCCAUUUAGCAAGGUCAUAUCAUCAUCUCUUUCCAAUAACACCCUUCGAUGAGGUGUCUUUUUCAAAUGGGAAUAUUGCGGGACAGAAAUCACUCGAAACAUGUUUUGGAUGCAUGCAGAGUUUGACAAAUCCUGGGACUGGAUCCAUUUACUGUGUUAAAUGCCCAAAAUGCAAAAAGUAUUUCUGCAUUGAUUGUGACAUUUAUAUUCAUGAAAGUUUGCAUAAUUGCCCGGGCUGUGAGAGUUUAAGACAUUCCUCUCCAGUCAAUGCUGGUGUAUAAUGAAAGACCUGUACUUUCUCUCUCUCCCUAUGACAAAUGGUGAGGUUUUAUUCUUAAUUGCUGGUGGAGCUGACUGUAGUCAAUUGGUUUAGUUGCAUCUGUUGCCUCUGCAGCCACUGCCUCUAACACCGGAUAAACACAUUUUUGUAAGCCUUCAGGAUUAUAUAUUGUUUGGAUCUUUCAUCAGAUUUUGAGUCCUUUCACCCUGAUAUAGUCUUCUCCACAGAUGUAUGCUGAUGCUGAGCUGAGGUCACUGUCACGAUUUGAAGAAUUAUAUGGGCAAUGUGAUUCUCCCGGCCACAGUUCUCUUGUAUACUAGUAUUCAGUUAUUGACAGUAGUAUGACAAGUCAUUAGAUAAUGUUAAAAGAAAAUUUUGUUUAUUAGGAUACUAGGAUUGGAAGAUUCAAUAGAAAUUUAUUCAAAUCUUAUUCUCUUUUUGUUUCUUCAUUUGGCUGCUUUAAGGCUGACUUCUGGGAAAGCUUUGAGGAUGUGUGAACAGAAAACAGGGUUUGCUUAUAAUUUGGGUUUGAGUCCUGGAAAGUAAAUCCUUGUAUAUUCAAUUCCAAACAAGAUCUUGAUUCAGAAAUGAUGAGCAUUUGAAUCAAAUCAAAGCUUUGC